UUACUCAUCCUAACGAUGAGAGUCAAAUGUGUGGAAAGCUAUCGUCUAUCGAGAGGAGCGAGCGUAUCAGUGAGCGAGGAGAACAUAUCUUGUUAUGCGAAACAUCGGGACAUGACGCCGAUAAGAAUUUAUCGUAUUUUGAAAUUUUUCGGUAGAUUGAGCUGCACGUGGCCACCGGAGUAUAAUGACAGUAAAUUGCGGAGGCUAGCAAAUGAUCUGCAAUUUAUCUUCAUGAUGACAAAUGUCAUCGUACUUCUGGUGCCACUGGUGUGCGGUGUUUAUCAAAAUCGUCAUCACGUCGCCACCACGAUGAAGGCCCUUUCGGAGUUAACGGCUCUUGGUGAUGUCUUGUUCAAUCUUAUUCUGUGCAGAGUGCAACGGGAUCGUUUACGGGAAUUAUUAGUAGAAGUGAAAAACUACGCCCACAAAAUUGAAGGAGACGAAAAGGAAGUAUUUCACCGAAGUGUCAACCAGUACCUACCAUUUUGCACAUUCGUUGGACUAUCAUAUCUCCAAACUGCUAUUGCAUUUUCCUUCGGGCCCCUCGUUAUGUCAUCAAUACUCCCUGCCGAUACUUGGUAUCCAUUUCCCAUCGAAAUAUUUUCCAUCGUAUACUUUCUCGUUUAUAUCCAACAAGUCGUUGCUAUUAUACAAACGGGUAUGUGUAUCACCGUGGAUUUCAUGGUUGCAUAUCUGCUGAGCUAUCUGUCAGCCAGAUUACAAACACUGAAUGUUGAAUUUCGAAGAGUUGGAAAUCGGAGACAUCUCCAUGACUGCAUCAAACAACAUCUGGAUUUCAUAAGAUUUACAGGGGAACUUCGCUUGGCCGUUCGAUUUAUCAUUCUUAAGGGGAUUGUCACCAUGGCCAUGGCUGCCAUUUUUGGGGUUUUUCCCAUCAUUGAGAAUGAACCUCUGCCCGUUAUUUCUCAAUUUAUCCUCAUGGUAAUCGGGGGUUGUCUACGACUCUACGUCAGUGCCUGGCCAGCGGAUGACGUCCGUGAGAUGAGUGAACGAAUUGGGUGGUCAAGUUAUGCAUCUCCCUGGAUCGGAAGCUCACGAGAGAUGCAGAGGACUAUCAGUAUUGUUGUUCAUCGAGCUCACCGACCACUCGUCAUUGCGGUUCACGGAGUUCUUCCUGCAUUAACUUUGAAGUUUUAUGCAUCUUUUUUGUCGGCGACCCUUUCGUACUUCAUGACCCUUCGAGCUGUACUAGGCAACUAAACUCUCCAUCUUCAUAGAAUAUAUAUUCGUCCUUUCCAUAUUAUCAAUAUUGAUGAAUAUUUCCAUUCAGUGAAUAAUGGUGAUGAUGAUGUAAUUUGCACAUUAGACAUGAUAAUAUUUUGGUAACUUUUGAGAAUGAGAGGAAAUUCGAAACAACUUUUAUUAAAAGGGGCAGGGGAAUAUUUUUUAUUACUUGCACUAGAAUUGUUACUAAAAAAUAUCUUUUUGCAAUGAGAGGAAAAGUUAAUGACGCGGCUCACACGGCUCCGGUGAUCAGUAAAAGAUAUUUCUAUUGGUUCCUUUUUAUUAUAAAGAAAACAACAGACAUACCCGCACCAUCAUGAGUUAUAGUUUCUCCGGAUUUCUCCAUUAAUCAUAGCGAAGCCGCAAAAAUUCUAAAAAAUGAACAUUUUAUACAUUUACUUUAUAUUAAAUCCAUCAAUCAUCGGCGAUACUAGACACCUAAUAGAACGACCUUGACCGUUAGUGACUUUUAUCACUGAAAUUAGGGGAAUUAAUGAUAAUAGCUCUGAAUUGCUUGGCAUGAAUGAACGACCCCUUCGUUCCCCCCAAAGUGUGAAUCGAGUUACAAUUGAAUGAUGUAUCGAUUACGAUGGAGUCAGCCUUUUGUUUGACAUGAAUGAAUUUGUUUCUCUCUGUCUGCCAUUAAAAACCAUCCACCCCUUCAAUAAAUUCUCCCAUUUACAACAAUGUCAGUGAAAUUUGCUGGCAUAACUCAAUUUCCCAUUUUCGAGUCAUUAAUAAUUGUGAAUAAAAUCUGAAAAUCGUUCACAUGUCAUUGAAAAUUGAAAUUCGCUUGUCUCUGGGACCGAUGAGUACUCACUAAAAUAAUAUUAAAAUAUUUAAAUUAAUUUUUUAACAUGAUCAGAAAUAAACGAUUCGUGUAAACUAUAUUUACUCGUCACAAUUUGAGGUAUGUGAGUAUUUCCAUAAGGUAUGGUAAAGCCAAAUAAUUUUUUUGCAGCUAGUAAAUACACUUCGCAGAAGUUUUUUUUUUCAAUGCACACUCUUGUCUGAUGGAAAAAUUCGUAGAGAAUUCCAGAUGGAAUCCGCACCCUGACGAAAUAACAUGGCCUGGACUUUUUAUUAGAAAGCAAAUGAAAUUGGGAAAAAUUUCUCCUUUUUUAAACAUUUAUGUAGAGAAAUUGGAACCAGCACGAGAAGCAGUGUUAGAUCAAUACGAGGAUAAUACGAUUGACCAACGCGCACCCAAGCGAGCCGCGUCCCCUUUUUUGCUUCACUUCCUCACUUCCAGCUGAAUAAUUGAGUGUUGUAACAGGAUCAAUUGGGAAUCGAUUGGAACAAUGCGAGGAGACAAAAAAGGACAGGCCACAAAUUUGGUCAACGGGUAUAUAAACGUCUGUCAUGUGACCAAUGGAUCCAGUGUACGAUCGAGUCUGACAGAGUUACUGUAUCAAAUU